AUGUCUUACCAAGAGCAGCAGUGCAAGCAGCCCUGCCAGCCUCCUCCUGUGUGCCCACCAACAAAGUGCCCUGAGCCUUGUCCUCCUCCAAAGUGCCCUGAGCCAUGCCCCCCUCAGCCAUGCCAGCAGAAAUGCCCUCCUGUGCAACCUCCUUCACCCUGCCAACAGAAGUGCCCACCCAAGAGCAAGUGA